AUGUCGCGGGAAUCCCUGCGACAGCUCAUUGGCGACACAUUCAGCUCCCUCGUGAAUCCCAACGGGCGCGGCCGCCCCGUCCAGAUGGACCCACGGGUCACUUCCCUCACCGGCAUCACCCCCGACAUGCUCCUCCACGCGCCUGGCGAGCCCUGGGUGGCACUCGCCUUCUUGUGCUGGCUGUAUCAGCGCUGCCGCGCCGGCGGCGGCGUCCGCCCCGCCCUCGUGGGACAUAACUUGCGAGUGUACGACAGUCCUUUCUUGGCGCGGAUGUUGGCGAGGCAAGGCUGCUUGGUACCGUACAGCUGGUGUAUGGUGGAUAGCUUAAGGCUUGCCAGGAGGUGGAAGUUGUGGUCGAGUCGGGGUGGAGGGGAUUUCAAGCUGCAGUCCCUGCGGGAGCUGUACAACAUACCUCGUCGGGACGAGCAUCGGGCGCUGCCGGACGCGCUGGUGACGGUGGAUGUAUUGGCAGCCAUGGUACGACAUCGGGUUAAUGGGUCGCCGUUGCCGUACUCGCCAUCUCCCCUGGAGCCGAUGGAGGUCGUACAGCAGGCUCUGAAUGAUGGCACCUUCGCCUGGUUUGAUCAGAGCCCAGAAGAGACCAUCUCUGUCGGCGGCGGCGGCGGCGGCGGCGGCGGCGGGUCGUCCCGCCCCCACCGGGAGAACCCGGUACCCGACCGCGGAGAUAUUUUGCAGCUCCUUCCCUGGAAGAAGCCCUUCCGGACCGACCCAUGGGACCGUGUGCUGCCGCGGCGGCGGCCGCCGUUGCUGACCAAGCUGGAAGAGGCCGCGGCGGCUGGCCGCUUGGCCACGCCCCAUGCGCUGCUGCUGGCGGUGCCACGGGCCGUCGUACUGCACCGUACGACACUAUCUGUUGCGGAGUUGGCGGCAGCGCUGGCAGCCAAGAAUGCCAUACGGUCGCGGGUGGGCAGCUGGCGUGAGGUCCGGGACGAGCUGAGGGACACUCCCGGGAUUCCCGUGGCGCUGCAUGCGCGGUUCGGCGACAUCAAGGUUGUACGACUACAUCCCCGUGGCUGGGGCAUGACGGGGGUCUUGCAGCUACUGCCGGGCCAGAUAUUGCCGGGGGGGGAGGAGGGGGAGGGAGUGGAGGUUGGUAACGGGCAAGCUGGCGGCAGUAGCAGUAGCAGUACCGCCUUGGGAAGCAGUCGUACUGGCGAUGGGAGCUGUGCUUUACCGGGCUGGAGGGAGUCACAUCGCAUGGAGCGACAGCAACAGCAACAGCAGGAAUUGGCGGGCUUGGAAAUUGAGGCCAGCUGGUUCGACUUUGCCAACCCCCGGGCGGACAAGGGCCUGCGCCAGCUGCGGGAUUCGUACAUAGAGCCGGGGAGCGAGUGGGUGGUGCGGGGAGUCAUGAGACCCAAACCCGUGUCAGGCCCCCGUUUCGAGGUGGUGGGCCCGGAUGUGCUCCCCGCGGCCUCCUUCGAGCCGUCCAGGGACCUCGUCACCACCACAUACAAAGCCGCGACACCGCUAACCGCGGGGGAGGUGGCGGAGGUGGCGGAGGGGGUGCUUGGGGCACUGAAGGGCGGGGAGAUAGACCUGCCCGAGCCGCUCCCCCCCACUGCCCGUACGGAGCUACACCGCCUGCUUACGUCAGGAAGUACGGAUGGCUACUGUAGCAGCACCAAGACGAGCGGCAGUAGCAACAGCCGUAUCAACAAGAAUGCUAGCGCCGGCAUUGACACUGACGUGGGAGUUAGCAGUGGCAGCGGCAGUAGCACUAUCGACACAGGCCCCAACUGGGCCCCCGUGUCCGCGGACCCUCUGGUGGCGGCUGCCGUACAGGCCCUUGGAUUCGAGCUCACAGGCGCUCAACGGCGGGCGGUUGGGGAGGUGUUGGGGGACAUGCGGCCGGAGCGGGGCAGCACUAUGUACCGAUUGCUCCAAGGUGAUGUGGGCAGCGGCAAGACGGUGGUGGCGCUGCUGGCCAUGUUAGCCGCCGCCUCCUGCGGCCUGCAGAGCCUGCUGGUGGUGCCCACUACAGUGCUGGCGCAGCAGCACCACCGCAAUCUGGGGGCCUUGAUGGACAGGCUGCCGAAGCGUGUACGGCGGAAGGCGGGGCUGGAGGGGGAGCCGCUGCUGCUGACGGGGGAAGCCAAGGCGAAAGAGAAGCGCCUAGCCGCCCAGGGCCUUGCCGACGGCUCCAUCCUCCUGGCCGUUGGGACUCACGGCCUUCUGAACUUGACCGAGUUUCAUAACUUGGGUUUGCUGGUGUUGGAUGAGUCGCACAAGUUCGGUGUCGUACAGAUGGAACGGCUGAGUAGUCUCAUCGCCCAGCGGCCUCCGCAUCUGCUGAAUAUGUCGGCCACACCCAUCCCCCGUACAUUAGCCGCCGCAAUGUACGGCCAUAUGGAUGUCUCACGAUUGGACGAGCUGCCGCCGGGCCGUACACCCGUGCUCACCAAGCUCGUCCAGGACGAUUCGGACAUGCCGUACCGGGAUCCGGAUGCCGUUCGAGAGAUGGACGCGAUGUGGGAGGAGGUGCUGCGUGAGGAGCUCAAGAACGCUGUGGACCAGGCGACUGUGCUGGCAGCCAGGUUCGAGCCCCUCGGGGUACCGACUCGGCUGCUGCACGGGCGGAUGAAGGCGGAGGAGAAGAACGCGGCGCUGGAGGCCUUUCGAGGAGGUGAUGUUCGUCUGCUUGUAUGCACCACGGUGGUUGAGGUGGGGGUGGACGUACCGGAGGCGACCGUGGUGGUGGUGGAGCACGCGGAGCGGUUCGGCCUGGCGCAGCUGCACCAGCUCCGGGGGCGAGUGGGGAGAGGAGGCCGACGCGGCAUGUGUUUUUUGUGCGUGCCAUUCGGAGAUCGGGCCGCACGAGAGCGGCUGGGGAUCAUGGAGCACACGAAUGACGGUUUUGAGGUGGCCGAGUGGGAUUUGGAGCAGCGGGGUAUGGGGCACCUAUUCGGCUCCGGAACCAGGCAGCACGGCAGGAUGGAUGUGUCUGGGGUCACUGCGGCGGUGAUUGAGGAGGUGGGGGCGCCGGCGGCGGGGGUGGCGCUUGUGGAGGCGGCGAGGCGGGCGGCGGCGGCGGUGGCCCGGGAGUGGGAGGAGGAGGGGGAGGAGGUCGGGGUGUCGGAGGGGAGGGAGAUGGCGUUGAAGGCGAUGGCGGUGUUUCGGCCGGAGCCGUUGACGGCGGCGGAGGCCUUGGCGGUGUGA